AUGAAACAAUUCAUAAUUUUUACCAUCUUAUUAUUAGUAUUAACAGUUCAACUUACUACAGCCAGUGUAUUGCCAGCAUCACCAAUAGAGGUUGAAAAAAGAGUGAUUAAUAAUGGAUUUACAUUGUGCGAACAAAACACACCAAUAACCAUUGUUGAUUUUUUAUAUUCUCCGGAUCCGGUUAAGAUUGGACAAGAUCUCAUUAUGAAUUUAGCUGGGAAAAGCACAGUCGCAGUUGUUAAUGGAACAAUUGUUGAUAUUGUAGCAACUAUAUUUGGAGUUCCGGUUUUAGAAAAAAAAGAAAGUUUUUGUGAUAAUAUCGCCAAAUACUCUCCCACUUUAACUUGUCCAAUACCAGCUGGUGACUUCAAUUCUACAAUUACUGAACUUAUACCAAAUGACAACAAACUUAAAAAUAUACCUGAAAUCUUUGUUCGUAAAAACUUCAAUGAAAAACCAUUUUCCAGAGGUGAUUCUAUUAAACAUUUACAAACUCUUACACGAUCAAAUUCAAAUGCUAUAUUUGAUAAAACCAGCGGUGAUAGCAAUGGUGUUGAAAGUAAUUCUUUUACCAAGAAACCUGUUACAGCACUUGAAAAAUUUCAAGCUUGGAUGAUAAAUGAAGAUGAUAAUUUAACAAAGGCUAGAAGCGAGCUUGGAAUGACAUAUACAAUAGCAAGAUCAUCAGUACUGGUUCUUCAUGUGGAUGCGGCAUUCAUUUUAUUUCCAGUUUCUUUUCAUGGUGCGCUUUGUAUGAUCCAACCUAACAGAGCACCAUUUUAUGAUGAUAUAGCAAAUUUUGGAAGCAUUGUGACCAAAGCAGGCCAAUAUGUCUUUAUAUGUUGUCCAGAAAUUUCAGUAUGGGAAUGGCAUCCAUUUACAUUAAAAUCAGCAUCUGAAGAAGAUUAUGUUUCAAUAAAUUAUUUACAAUUACAACAAGAGUUGCCCAAAAUUAUGGUUGAUGGACCUUAUAGCGGUGCUUCUGAAGACUCGUUUGAAUGGUUCCAAUCACUAUUAAUGGCAAUAGAAGAACAAGAUAUUGAUCAAUUUAUAGAGAUACAUACAUAUCUUACUGGUCCACUACGUAAAUCAGAAAUUGCAAUACAUUUGCUAAUGAUGAUGGAAAUCUUAAGGACACCUUCACCGGUCUCUAAUCACCAACUCAUUUUUGCAGGCCAAAUUGGGAUAAGAUAA